GUCAUUUUCUUCUGGCUAAGACUCUUUGGAAAAGUAUGUUGUCAUAGCAAGGCUUUAUCUGUCCUAAUCAUGUACGUGGGAUACAUUUUGGAUAAAGAAGUGAACAUGUACCACCAAGGGCCAGUAAGGAGAUCCAGCAUCAACCUGCCAGCACAAAACUACGUCUCAACGCCACAGUACUCCGAUUACACAGGAUACCAUCAUGUACCCAGUAUGGACAGUCAUGCACAGUCAUCGGGUGCGUGGGGCACUCCGUAUGGAACCCCCAGGGAAGACUGGGGCGCUUACGGAUUAGGACCUUCCAACUCUAUACCUACUCAAAUGAACAACUCAUCGCCAGGGCAGGUUUCUUAUUGCUCUUCAGAUUAUAACGCUAUGCAUCCCGGCGGAUCUGGGAUUUUACCUCCUCCCCCGGAAAAUAUUACAGUUGGUCAGCUGUCUCCCGACAGCGAACGACGCAAUUCUUAUGAAUGGAUGAGGAAAACGGUGCAGUCAUCUUCAACUGGUAAAACGAGAACAAAAGAAAAAUACCGAGUUGUCUAUACAGACCAUCAAAGGCUUGAACUGGAAAAAGAAUUUCAUUAUAAUCGGUACAUUACAAUAAGGAGAAAAUCCGAACUAGCAGAAAAUCUAGGUCUUUCUGAAAGACAGGUUAAGAUAUGGUUUCAAAACCGUAGAGCAAAGGAAAGGAAAAUGAUAAAGAAGAAACUGGGUCAGUCGGAUGGAAGCGGUGGCUCAGUGCACAGUGACCCGGGUUCAGUAAGCCCUCUGCCGAUUCCAGGCUCACUGAGCCCAGCUGACCUGCACGGAUCCAUGUACCCUCCGCCUGGAAUGAACACUUUACAGCCUAUUGGGAACUUACAGCAAGUUACUGUCACACAAUAAUUCAAUGACAUUUAAAAGUAAACCUUGGAAUAUCUACACAGAGCACUCCAUACCAGGAGACAAGGAGUGGUCAAGAGCACAUUUCUUUAGAACCAAUCCAUCCUAAAGUCUUGGGGUUAUCCUUUUGGGAAAAUACACUAUGGACCACAUGAGGCCAACCCAGAUAUUUUCAGACUGUUGGAGGCUCUUCUGUGUCAAUUUUUAUUCCUAAUGGUUUUUAUACUCAUUAAUAUAACAUGGUUAGGAAAAAAAACACGAUUAUUUUCUCAAGUUCUUUUGGGACGUACAGAAUUAUUGAGUGGAUUUGUUUUAACAGAAACAUUUUGUGCAAUUUGUAAAUCUGGAAGUUUGUGGAGAUUUUGGAUCUGUAAAACUUUAACCUGUUGUACAAAUUUGCUACACAAAAAAUGCAUAUUUAAAUCUUCACCAUGCUUCACAGUUUCAACAGUUGUAUUAUUCAGAUUUUUAUAUUGUUUGUUUUAUGUAUUUGCAACUAUGAAAACUGUGAGAUUGCCUCAUCUUGCUUUCAAAGCAUGUAAAUAAUACGGUUUUACAAUGACCUUUUUGUAUUGGCAGCUUUGGGGAAUGAGCUGUUUUGAAAUGAUAAGAGUUUAAAAGACUUUCUUUAUUGACAAACCUCGUGCAAUUUUUCAUUUUUUA